AUGAAAAUGACCGAAGAAGAAAAUGUAUUGAAAUUGCCGUAAAUAAACUGAUAUUACGAUUCCCUUGUAAUUUAUGCUUAGAGGUAAUAUAAGAAAUACGGUUAAGUGUCUUUAUAAAGGUUCUUGUCCUAUUAGAGUACUAUAACAAGGUAUAGUAACUGUAGAAGUCUGUCCUAGUGAAGUAAACAGUGCGUGAUAAUUUCUGUAAAUAAAACGAUGCACGAUGUUGGAAGGACUCGUUGCUUGGGUGCUCAACAAUUACCUCGGAAAAUACGUGGAGAACUUGAACACCGAUCAGCUGAGUGUGGCUUUACUAUCUGGCAAAGUAGAACUUGAAAAUUUGCCUCUUAAAAAGGAUGCACUUCGCCACCUGGGACUGCCAGUGGAAAUCCGAGCUGGUUUUAUUGGCAAGGUUCAGUUGCACGUCCCUGUGCGACAGAUACGCUCAGCUCCAUGGAUUAUAGCUAUUGAGAAAUUGUAUUUAGUUGCAGCACCUGUAAACUUAGAUGAGUGGGACAGUGCAGUGGAAGCAACAUACGCUCAUGAGCGGAAAGUGGCCUUGCUUGAUGCUCUGGAAGCACAGUGGCGGGCCGAGCAUGAAGCUAAUGAUGCAGGAUACUAUGCUACCUCAUACUCCUCCUGGCUCAGCUAUGGAACAGGCCUACUUGCAAAUAUUGUAGAAAAUUUACAGCUCAAACUUAAUGAUGUCCAUAUUCGUUACGAAGAUGCUCUCACUUGUCCGGGCCAUGCCUUCGCCUGUGGUCUCACUGUGGAGUCCCUGGUGGCGGAGUCGUGUGACGCGUCGUGGCAGCGGGGCUUCACGCCGCUCGACGAUCCCUGCACAUUCAAGCUGCUGGAGCUACAAAAUCUCGCGAUAUACUGGGAUCCUAUGCAAGUGCCUACGGGAAUGAUGUCGGAUUGUACCAUCGCUGAACUUACUGAUCGCAUGUGUGGCACGUGGAAGAACUCGCACUCGUACGUGCUGUCGCCGGCGGGUGCGAGCGCGCGCGUUCGACGGGAGCGUACCGACCAGCCGCUGCGGGACCGCCACCGCCCGCGCCUCGCCGCUCACCUCACGCUCGCCAAAGUGCAGCUGAGGCUCACCUCGCGACAGUACGGUGAAGUAUGCGGGUGCGCGCGCGGGCUGGAGCGCGUGGCGCGGCUGCGGGAGGUGCGCGCGCUGCGCCCGCCCGUCCCCGUGCGAGGACACGCGCGCGUCUGGUGGCGGUACGCACUCAAGGCGCAUGCGCCGCAUCACACAUGGAUGGACCCGAAGCCGACAUGGGAGUCGUGCGGGGAGCGCGCGCGCCGCGUCCGACAGUACGUGGACAUCUGCUACGAGACGCUGUGCAACCCCGCCGGCACGCUGCCCGCCGACCGCAAGGCCGCCAAGGACGACUUCGAGUGGACCACGCCCCUCGCCAUACUCAAACCGCUCAGAGAGAUCGCCAUGAGGAAAGUGCCGGUUUCGACUCCGGCGUCCACCCCGGAGCAGGCGAGCUCGGGUCGCAGCGUGCUGGUGCGCUGGUUCCCGCAGUGGUGGGGCUGGUACGCCCCGCCUCCUGGGGAACCCGCCCCCGCCGCUCCGCCGCCCGGAGAACCCGCCCCCGCGUCGGCGCCCGCCCCCACCACGCCUCGCCUCGAGGAUGAAAUCCUAGAUGUGAUCGCGGACUCGCUGGACGACAACACGCUGCUGCGCCGCGACGCGCUGUUCGGCCUGUUCGAGUUCACGCUGCACCGCGGCUCGCUUGAUCUCUGCGACGACGAUGCUCCAGUAGGUGAGGUGUCGGACGGGGAGGCGCGCGGCACUGGCGUGGAGCUGCAGUUCUCACUGGUGCGUGCGCGCGUGGAGUCGAGGCCGCGCGCCGGCGCGCACUCGUUGCACGUGUCGCUGGGCGGGCUGGCGCUGCGCGAGCGUGUCACGCCGCGCACGCUGUUCCCGGUGCUGGUGGCGCCGCAGGGGCUCAUCCGCGACGGGCUCAGCAACGCCGCCUCCGCCGCCGCCGGCCAGCGCCGCCCCCCGCCCACGCCCGCGCCCGCCGAGCCGCUCUUCCAGCUCAGCUACGAGCGCCGCCCCGCCGGUCACAGCUGCGACUACAAACUGCGCGUGCGCUGCACGUCGCUAGAGGUAGUAUGGUGUCCGGCGGUGGCGCAGUGGGCGCGGCGCUGGGCGUCGACGGGCGGCGCUAGCGGAGCGCUGCAGACCGUACGCACACGUACGCGCGCGACUCUGUCACAUUGGGGCCGAAUGUUGCACGCGCCGACUAGGACGGGCGAGCGCGGAUCGUGCCACGUGGAGCUGGACGUGAGCGCGCCGACGCUGCUGCUGGCGGAGCAGCUGGCGGAGCGCGACGGCGCCGUGCUCGUGCUCGACUUCGGCCGCUUGCGUCUCGCGCCCGCCGCCGCCGCCGCCCCGCCCCCUACCGACCGACCGAGUGACAAGGAUGACGAUGAAGAGAUGUUCAUGACGCCGUGUUCGACGCCGCCGGGCAGCUUGCUAUCGCCCGGGUCGCCGCCCGCGCCGCCGCCGCCGUCGCAUCCGCUCGACCCCGCCCACUUACAUACCAGCCUCUAUGAAAGGUAUAAAAUUGAGCUAAGCGACCUUCAGAUCUUAGUGGGGCGCGCGCGAGACAAUUGGAAGUACGCACACACUAAGGCCACGUCUGCCCUGCACCUGCUCGACAGGUUCAGCAUUUCCCUUCAGGCGGAGCGGCGCGUGGUUCAGACGAGCGACCCGCAGUACCCGGGCGCGGCGCUGUGCGGCUCGCUGCCCGCGCUCGUAGCGCACCUCAGCGAGCACAAGCUGGCGGCGGUGCGGGCCGUGCUGGCGCGCGCGCUCCCCGCCGCCUCGCCUGACCCUGCACCUAGUCCCGCCCCCCGGCCCGCACACACCGACGAGUGCGACGCUGCUGACGACGACGACAGCAGCAGCGACGUCACCGAACCCACCGACCUCUCGCACCACCACAACGCCACGCUGUUCAUACUACAGUUCGCCAUCGACCAGAUGUCGCUCGAGGUGCAGUCUCGCGGUCGCAGCAUCGCAGAAGUGCAGGUGUGCGGCGUGCGCGCGGCGAUGUCGGCGCGGCCGGCGGACGUGGCGCUGUCGCUGUCCGUACACUCGCUCCUGCUCGUCGACGCACUCCAGACUUUCGGCCCCGAUUUCGAGCUACUCGUCGCCUCACAUAGGCAUCUCGGAAUGGACACGGCAUCGGGCAGCAUCCGCGGGUCGGAGCCGACGUCGCCCACGUCGCCGUCGUCGCCGGGCGCGCGCGCGCCGUCGCCGCUGGCGUUGCACCGCGCCUUGCACUCGCUGCACGCGCACGAGCACGAGAGCGAGCGCACUAGCCCCGGUCCCGCCUGGCCGCCCGGGGAUUGGAGCGGGCCCGGGGCUGACUCCAUCUGGGGCCCGGACGUGUUCUGCUGGGGCGGCCCAGACGCCUGGUCCUCCUACGAUAUCCAGUGGGCUUCCGGGGCUGGGCCCGACGGAGGCGGCUGGAGCGCCCCCGGCCUUGUAGACACGGAGGCGCUCAUUGCGGUCGAGCUUUGUUUGGUGAAAGGAGAAGGGAAUUCCGAAGAUCUCAGAAUUGCCAACAUUUUAUUCAAUAAUUUGGAUGUUAUUGCCAAUCAGGAGACGAUAGUGGAGCUGAUCGGUUUCGGUCACCGCGUGUGCGGCGCGGCGCCGGCCCAGGCGGAUGCUGCGGCGGGGCCUACCGACGUGCCGGACGCACCCUCCACACCGCCGCCGCGCAAUCUCAAGCGUACUCGUACGGAGAUUACGUUCGACUUCCACCGGCUUGGCGUGCUUCUACUGCGGGCGAGCGUGCGGGACGCCGCGCCGGCCGCGCACAAACUCGCCACCGCCACCGUCGGAGAUGCGCGCAUACAGGCGACGUUAGACGGAGAGCGCGUGGAAGUUGUAGGAUCCCUAGGUGGCGUGCAGGUGGUGUCCCUUUGCGAAGGCGCGGGCGUACACUCGCGCGUGCUGCAGGCGGGGCGCGUGCCACCGGCGCCCGCCGCCCCCGCCGCCUCCGCCCCGCCCCCUCAACACGCCCACGAUGAGAAGGCGCUGCAGUUCACCAUUGCUAGAUCCGUCACUGAAGCGGACGAAGAUGACGAUGCAGAGGUGGAGGUGCGCGUGAGCGUGCACGUGGCGUCCGUGUGGUACACGCACUCGGGGCCGCUGCUGCGCGAGCUGCGUUCAUGCGCGGCGCAGUUCCGCCGCUACCUGGCGGAGCUGGCGCGGUCGGUGCGCGCGGCUGCCGCGGACAUGGCGCUGGGUCUGGUGCAGCCGCGCGACCCCCUGUACGCUUCGGCGCGUUUGGCGCACUCGCUUGACGCGUUGGAGCCGCGCCGCCGCUUCGCUAGUCUAAGCCUCGACGACGAACCGCCGCCACCUGCCAUCGUACUAAGCGUGAGCGUGGAGCUCGAGUCACCGGUGGUGGUGCUACCGCGCGCGGCCCGGAGCGCGCAAGUGGCGGUGGCCCACCUCGGCCGCAUGAGUCUGGCCAACCGGCCUGGCCCGCCGCGCGAUACCGAGUACAACGUGCACGUGCGCGAUAUCUCGCUUGUGGCGCUCGACAUAAGCGACAAGCUGGUGGGCGGCGCGCUAUCAGCAACGGACGGCAUGUCGGAGAUCUACGACGUGUCGCGCGGCCGGGCGGUGCUGCACGAGGCGGCGCUGCGGUUGUCGCUGUCGCGCGCGUCGGGCGGCCCGCACGUACUGGCGGGCGCGGUGGUGGGUGGCCUGCACGUAACCGCCAGUCGGGAGCAGUACGAACAACUGCUGGAGACGCUACGUUGGAUGUCGGACGCGCCAGGCGAGCCCCCCGCGCCGCCGCCACCCCAGCCCGUGGAGGCCGGUUCGUUGGCUGAAGGCGCGGUACCCACACUGCGCCUGGAGCCCGCCCUCCGCGCUGCUCUGCAGCCGCCGCCGCUGCCCGCUCCGCUCCCGCCCAAGCACUCGCCGCUUCUAGUGACGUUCGAGGUGGCCAGCUUUACGGUGGAGCUGCGCGCGGACCUGGGCGGCGGCGAGCGCAGCCUCGUGGCGCUCACCUGCCGCGAGUUCACGCUGCGACACGAUCAUCUCCUGCCGCAUGAGACUACGCUGCAGGUGUCAUUGCACUCCAUCACGAUGGAAGACCUAACGCAGCCACCGGAGUCGACGCACCGCAUGCUAAUGGUGUCGCAUUCGCCGCCGGCACCGCGUAAGGCCGUGUACGUAUCGGCGUCUUGCCCGGACUUCGUGAGCGAGUUGCGUGUGCGACCGCCGCGCCGCGUCCGCGCCCGUUCCCUGCCCGCCCAACCCGGUCACCCCGCCCCCGUCGCGCGUCCCUCGCCCACGGCCUCGCCCACCGAGCAGCGCUGCGGCCCGACUCCGCCCAGCUCGCCUGUGCGUUCUUCAGAUGAUAACCUCGUGUGGGUCUGCGUGCACACGCGCCUGCCGCGACACGACGCUACUGACGCUGAAGCAAAGGUGUCUAAAACGACAAAAGUAGAUUUCAACUGUCUCAAGUUGGUACUGAGCAUCGACAGCUGGGUCGCAGUUUUGGACUUCUUCGGUGUGGCCGGCGAUGACGCCGAGCCCGAGAGACCUGCCGAUGGCUCCCAGCCUGUUCCCAGCGAGUCGUCGAGCGAGGCGGGCGAGCUGGAGGUGUGUGUUCGCUCGCUGUGGGUGGUGGUGGUGGGGGCGCGGGGGGACGCCUGCCGAGCUCACGUGUCGCGCGUUCGCGUAUGCUCCACCACCACUGGCGCCAGUCGGCUAGUACGGGCGCGUUUGGGUGCGCUCACGCUCUCUGACCUCGCGCCGCGCGCCGUGCUGUGGCGUGACCGUCUGCGUACACGCACCGCAGAUGCCCUUACGUUGAACUACCACAGGCUGAGUCCAUCGGAGGCGGCGGCGGCGGGCUACGAGACAAGCUUGUCGCUGGAGAUGGGUCCGCUGACGUACGUGCAUACGCGACGCUUUGUGUUGGAGUUGCAGGCCUUCGCCACGGACUUUAGUCUGCUGAGGCGAGUGAUCGCCCAGGCGCGCCGCAAGGUUUCACGUGCAGUCCGUCGGUCAAGCGCGCCACAGCGCAUGUCGUUGUCGCUGCGUUGUACGGCGCCGCUCAUAGUACUACCGGUGUCGGGCCGCAGCCGCGCCGCGCUCGCAGCUGAACUACAGCUGCUAACGCUCACCAACAGAUUCUGUUACGCUGACGACCCUGACACUAUAAGCACCCUGAGAGAUCCCACUUGCGAGUACCGCGAGCUACUGGACGUGCGGAGCGUGCGCGCGGAGGGUCUGUCGUUAUGGUGCGUGCGCGGCGGUGCGUCGGGCGGCUCGCUGCGGCGGUGUGGCGCGCCGCUCCUGCCCGCGCCCGCCGAGCUCUGCCUGCAGAUUGAACGCAACUGCAGCGACACGCAUAACGUGGCGGAUAUGAGCGUGCACGGGCGACUGUCGACGCUGCGGCUGGCGCUGGACGCGGCGCAGUACCGGCUAGUGCGGGGCGUGUUGGCGCACAAUCUCGCCGAGCCGUGCGAUGAGUUGCUCCCUCCUCCGCCGAGACCCAUGCAACACGAUCAGGUAUGGACGACGUGGUCAUUGAAAUUAGAGCUGCAGGACGUGAUCGUGCAGCUGCGGGCGGGCGCGGGCGGGAGCGGGGCGGAGGGGGAGGCGGCGCUCGCGUGUGUCAACUUCAUCAAGUCACGCCUCCUCGUGGAGUCAUACUCUGACCUCAGUCAGGACAUCGACCUGGUGUCAGCUGAGAUCCUGGUGAGCGACACGCGGUACGCCGCCGAGCCCGCCAACCGCCGCGCGAACGUGUUCAGCCAUAUUGUCGCGCCGCUGCCCGAGCAACGCCACAGUGUACAGGCCGAGGUGCAUGCGAGGAAGCGACCGGAUUCGUCUGCGUACACGAUUCUCAUCAACAAUAUGCGGCUGAUGGCGAUCCUGGACUGGUGGGAGGCGGCCAACCAGUUCAUCAUGCAGGCGCCCCUACCCGCCUCUGACCCUGACCUGCAGCACCUAGAGGAGAUCAGCUCGGGUUGCGGGGAGGGCGGGAUGUUGGCGGGGAGCGGGGGCGAGCGAGCUCCGCCCUUCGAGCUCAAGCUCAACGUGACCGACUCGCAGCUCGUACUAGUAGAGGACACCGCCGUGUGGGACACCAACGCCGUCAUACUCAAGUGCAGCACAGUAGUGACAUACCGUGCGGCGGACACGGCGCGGCCGGUGGUGUGUGAGCUCAGCGAGUUGGAGCUGUUCUCGUGCGUGCUCGGCUUGGAGGAGGAGACGGCGCUGGCCAUCCUCGACCCCGCCGCCGCGCACCUCGCGCUCACUGCUGACAACCAGCUGCAGAUAGCAAUGGGUGCUUUGAAUCUCCGUUUGUCGUACCACGACAUGCGCAUGUUCGCCGCCAUCCUGCAGUCACUCCCGGUCCAAGCGCGGUUGGCGUUGUCGGGUAAAUCUGAGGAAGAACCGCCGGCGAACAAGCCCGCCAACAGCGUUCACAUGCAGGCGGGCGCGGGGAUGGAGGCGGGGGUAGGAUUUAACAAGGGGGCGGGGCUGGGCCUGGCCCGCUGGGCGAGAGACGCGCCCACACAAGUACGCCCGCCGCCGGAGCCGACGUCUCGAUCUUUGCGAUUAGUGCAGGUGAGCGCGGAGUGUGUGACUCUGUGCGUAAUUGACGACUGCCUGGACUCUGACGUGCCGCUUUUGGAGGUGACGCUCGCUGACCUGCAUCUCGACCAGGACCUGCGGAAAGCGGAGGAGUCGUUUGAGGACCCGUUGCUGGUGUCGACGCCGAGCGGCGGCGGCGGCGCCUUGCCGGGCGUUGAGGUGGCGCGGCGCGGUGCGGGCGGCGGGCGCGUGCGCGGCGUACUGAGCGUUGACUACUACAAUCGAGCACUGUCGGGCUGGGAGCCAGUAGUCGAGCCGUGGCGGGCUGACGCCUGGUGGGAGUACACGUUAUGCUCGUCGCUGACGCGCGCGCGCCUGCAGCUGGAGCUCAGUUCCGCCGAUUUGCUCAACAUCAACAUCACGUCCGCGCUCGUCGAUUUACUCGCACUCGUGCGUACCAACUGGACGGCUGACUAUUAUGCACCCCAGGCUCCUCGAGGGUCUCCUAAAGGCAGCCCCGCCGGGCACCGACGGCGCUCACCGUUCGUUCCUUACGCUCUUCACAACCUCACCGGCCAGCGGCUCUGGUUUACGACUCUUACAACCGCCGUGGAUGAGGUGAGAGACAGUGGCGAGACGGAGAAGUGGGGCGGGCCGGACGACACGUGGGUGAUGGUGCGCGCUGGUGAAACGGAACCGUUUUCGUUCGGUGGGCGGAGAUCACGCGCGCCGGCCGCCGCCCCCGCUGCGGCUACGCCAGCGCCGCUCCACCGCCUAGUCCUGCGCCUCGAUCACUGGACGCCGCCCGAUCCCGUUUGCGUCGAUCGCGUCGGUGUUUUCUUUCGAGACAUCACGCACAUUCAAUCGGGCGGCGUGGCACGCGUCGUGCUGGAGGUGUCGCUGGAGGGGUCAGCUCGCAAGCUGGUGACGGUGCGCUCGGCGCUGCUGCUGCACAACCGUCUGCCGCACCCUGUCGAGCUGCGGCUCGACCGCUCGCAAGCACCCGGAGCUUGGGGAGGAGCGAGCGGGGGAUCUGCAAGCGCGGGAACGGUGGUGGAGGCGGGCGCGCGGUGGGCGGCGCCGCUGGUGGCGCGCGCGGGUGCGGUGUGGGCGCGGCCGGUGCUGCGUGCGCGCCCUGCUCCGCCCCCCGCUGCUAUUGACUGGCGUGCCGCCUCCGCCGCGCCCGACCAUGCAGUGCUGUUGCACCACGAGUGCCGCACUGCGAACGACCAGUCCUACAGAUUCAGCUGUGCGGUGGUUCGUGAGCGGUUCCCCAUGGAGCGCGGCGAGCCGCUAGCGGGGCACACGCUGACGCUGCUGCCGGCGCUGCGUUUAGAGAACCUGUUGCCGCUAGAGCUGCAGUACCGUGCCGCCUCCGAUACUGGGGCGCUGCCGCCUGCGCAUACGCAUCCGUUUCACCAGGUGAAUGUGGAAGAAGGAGUCGAAGUGAGCGUGAAGCUGGAGGGGUUCGGAUGGUCCAGCCCACUUGUGGUGGGCGGGGCGGGUUCGACCGGCUCCUUCUCCGCGCGGCUUAAGCUACGAGACCAACGCGGUCGCCGCCUAUAUCUGAACGCGCGCGUCACUGUGAAGAAGACGGAUGGUAUCAAAGUGUCGGUAUCAGCGGCGUACUGGCUGGUGAACCGGACGGGGCUGCCGCUGGUGUUCCGAGCGGAGGGUGGGGCGGAGGCGGCGGGGCAGUUCGCCGAGCACGAGCUGGCGCGCAUGGUGGCGCCGCUGCCCUUCGCCUUCGCUGACGGCGACGGUCCUACAAUCUCCGCACGUCUGGGCAACGCGCUCUCACCGAGGCCGGAGUGGUGCUCGCCAUUCGGCUUGGGCCCGGGUGUGACGGUGAAGCGGUUAGAGAGCGCGGGCGCAGGGGAGGAGCGCUCGUACGCGGUGGGCGUGCACGUGCGCGCCGGCCGCGGCCGCCAUCGCCGGACAAACGUGGUCACCCUCACGCCGCGCUACCAGCUCCACAACAACACGUCGCGAUGCUUGCAGUUCGCGCAGAAGUGUACUGCUACCACGCUCAACGACCCGGGCGCGGUGGCGACGCACGUGUCAGCAGUGGCGGGCUGCUACCUGCCGUGGCACUGGGCGCGGUGGGAGCGCGAGCAGCUGCUGUGCGUGCGCGUGCUGGCCCCGCCCCCUCCCACAAACGGCCCCACCACCACCACCAAUACAGCCAGUCCCGAGCCGCUCACCGCCUGGUCUGGUGGUUUCCGGAUAGACAAAACGCGCAGUCUACACAUCGCGUGCAGGGAGAAGGGCGGGUCGUACCAAGUACUACGCGUCGAGGUGGUACCGGCGGGUGCGGCGCUACUGGUGGUGCUGACGGACGCGGAGCGCGCGCCGCCCCCUCUGCGUGUGGACAACCGCUCGCGCGUCGCCGUGGUGUUUGGCCAAGCGGGAGGUGCUGAGGAGUGCGUCGCGGGUGCGGGUGCGGCGCCGCACUGGGCGCUGCCGGAGCCCGAGGGCGCGCAGGCGCUAGCACUCCGAGCGCCCGGCGGUCCGCGCCUUACCCUGCCUCUCGAUGCUCUUCACCACGCGCAUACGCUGCUCUAUCAGAACUUCCUCUACGUCGCCUUCACGCGGUCCAGGGAGAGUUCUCUAACGGAUUCGCAGUCGAGCGCGACGGACGACAACGUCCUGGUGUUGGAGGUGCCGAUGGGCUCCACGCGCGUUGUGCUCGCGCGUAAACGAUACGGUGACAGGUCACAGCUGUGGCGGCGCGGGCCUAACGAGCAGCUGGUGCACGAAGGCAGCUCCCCCCCGCAGCCCACCGAUGCGCUGUCCGAUGACGCUCCGCUCUCGCCCCACGCCAUGGUCCUGGACAUAGAGGAAGCGGCGCCGCGGCCGGGGCGGGCGGCGCCGCUGGUCCUGCGGCGGGCGGACCCGCGUCGCGCCUCCACGCAGGCGUGGCGUCUAUUACCGGGUGCGCGCAUGGCGUGUGCGCACGCCAACUUGUGCGUACAGCCCGACAAUGGACUACUGGGUCUCACUCCAGGUAACAGAGUGGUGCUGGGCAUGCCGGGUUCCCCGCGCGCGGGUGCGACGCCGCCGGAGCAGGCGGUGGAGUGGCACACGCUGCGGCCCGGCUCCGGCCGUCUCACCGUCGCGCUCAGCACGGACGGACCCACGCGACUCGUGCGCAUAUACGACCAGAACGAUCCGGAGGCGCAGCGGGCGCUAGACGGUGGCGCGGAGGAGGUAGUAGGCGGGCGCGAGUGGUGUGCGGGCGUGUCACUGGCGGGGGUAGGCGUGUCGCUAGUCGGCCGGUCGCCGCCCACCGAGCUCGUUUACGCCCAGCUACUGGGGCUGCGGAUGGAGCUUGCGCGCCGGCCUCGCACCGCGCGCGCUGCACUCACCAUACGUGACAUGCAGUGGGAUAACCAGCUGACGGGCACACCGAGCCCGGUGCUGCUGCACAGCUGGGGCGGGUCGAGCGCGUCGGGUGCGGCGCUUCACGCGGCGCUUGAGCUGCAGCACGCGCCGCCGCGUAGCUACAAUGCCGUCUACUGCAACCACCUAGUGCUGGCGCUGCGCCCGCUAGCCGUACGCUUGGAGGAGAGAUUAAUUCUGCUGCUGUGGGCGUGGGCCGGGGGCGGCGUGGAGGAGGGGGCGGAGCAGGCGGACGAGGCGGAGUUUGAGACGCGGCGCGUGCUGCUCGAGCUCACGGCGCUGCACGCCACGCGGUAUUACUUCGCGCUCGUGAAAGUUAUACCCGGACAGAUCCGGCUGUCGAUGUUCACGGCGAAUAAGCUGGAGGGGUCACUGAGCGUGCUCAAGAGGCGUCUGGGACUGACGCUCAUUCGAUUCGAGGACGCAGCUGUCGAGUUGGAGCCGUUCGUGCGCGCGCACGCCUUCGACACCGCCGCCACGCUCGCGCGACAGAUGCUGCAACACUUCAAGGACGAGCUGAAGUGGCAGGCGGCCAAGAUCCUGGGCUCAGUGGACUUCCUGGGCAACCCGCUGGGGUUCGUGGCGGACGUGUCGGAGGGCGUGUCGGGCCUGCUGCUGGAGGGCAACGUGGGCGCACUGCUGAAGAACGUCACGCACGGCAUAUCCAACUCCGCCGCUAAGGUGUCGGAGACGCUGGGCGACGGGCUGGAGCGCGUCGUGGCGGACGAGGCGCACGAGGAGACGCGCCGCCGCAUCCGCGCUGCCGCAGCCGGUGCGCACCUCGCCGCCGGCCUGCGCGGCUUCGGCCUCGGCCUGCUAGGCGGUGUGACAUCGCUGGUGAAACACAGCUACGAGGGCGCGGCGUCGGAGGGCUUGCCCGGGUUCAUAACGGGCGUGGGCAAGGGUCUCGUGGGUACGGUGACCAAGCCCGUGAUCGGCGUGUUGGAUUUGGCGGCGGAAACGGCGGCGGCGCUGCGUGACACGUCGCGACGCGCCGGCGCGGAGCCGCAACGGGCACGACCGCCCCGCCCCGUGGCUGCGGACGCGCCGCUCGCGCGCUACUGCCCGCGCGCCGCCGAGGGCGCGGAGCUGCUGCGAGCUCUGGCGCGGGACGCGGACGAGCGGUUCCUCGCGUACCGUAUAGUUCGCGACACGCCACACGACAUCCGCGCCAUCCUAUCCGACACGCACCUGCGCAUCUUCACGUGCAAGCACGGCGCGCCGCAGCUCGUGCUGGAGGCGGGGCUGGGCGCGCUGGCGGCGUGCAGCGCGGUCGACUCGGGCGGCGCGUGGUUCGUGGAGCUGGGCGUACGCGGGGGCGGCGGCGGCGCGGCGGGGGAGGGGGGGCUGCGGCGGCCGCGCGUGCAGUGCGACACGCAGCAGCUGGCGCAGUGGCUGGCCACGCACGCCGCUCACGCGCGCCGCCUGCACCGCGACAAGCAGCACACGCUGCCGCCCCGACACGCCUAGCUCUAGUAUUGUGAUGCCAAAUACCUUGACAUUGGAGACUGAAUCGAUCCUAAUGGUAUUCAAUUUCGGUUAUAUCGAUACAGAGGCUAAAUUUAAGAAAGUGUUUUCAAGUAUUUAGUGCACUUUAAUAAUUGUAACUAAGGCCUAUAGCAGCUGCCCAAACUCCUUGGUGGUUUACCAAGUUUUAUAAUCAAAACUGCCGUUGAUAAUACGUAAAUUAAAAUAUGUAACGCACAUGAAUUUAGUACCAGCUACCAUAAACUAAAACAAGUAGCUAAAAAUGUCAUAAUUUUAUUACUUAUCUAAUGUUUCAAUUUACGAACAAUAAAGUAACAUAUUCUCUGCAAUAAUAUUACAGGUAGUUGUUUCAUAAUAAUAAGUACCUGAAGGACUUGUGUUACAGGUACCAGA